AUGAGACCUGGACGGUGUAGCUACACGGAGAGCGUCGCGUCUGGGGUAAGGAUGAACCUGAAUUUCUUGAAAAGCGAAAUCGGCGAAGCUGUGAAGACAAAUGUAGAUGCGCAUAUGAGCGGUAGUCUCCUGCUUGCUCUCCCGAGCGCCGAGACUAACAAGGCCUUGGCACAGUACGAGUGCGAUUGUUUCGUGAUAGGGAACGACACGUGCUCUGGCACAUGUCUCUGUCACAUGGCUAUGAAAGUAUGUGACGUGGCUUGCAACUGCCAUGGAUUCUGCUGCAAUAGCUUCGCAACGAUGCCGAGGUUGGACGUGAGAGAAGGUGCGCUCGGACAAGAGUUGUUCACUGAUCACGAUCUUCCACAACAGAAAAUCGCAUUCGUAGUGUGUGGACAGAUACUCUCAGAAGUUCUGCAUCACGACAUUGCGACGAUCGACCCACGGCGGCAACACUACGGUGUUAGAGUCUCGUGGCCCGGACACAGCAAAGACGUUCCAGGCAAACCUGGAGAAGUAGAGUUUGUGCUUGAUCCCAUGACGCACAUCUCCGGAAUGGCAAAUCACAGCUGCGAUCCAAACAUUGUUGUCGGCCCUUGAUGGGCGGGAGUGGAAAACGGACCAGCGGCGGAGCUAUGUUUUUGCCGAUCGGGUCGUUGUCGAGGGUUCAUUGCGGACCCCGCCAGCGGUUUUAUGGCGAAGAGCAUACGCCACUACGAGAAGGAGCUAGCUUGU